AUGACAUUUUUACGUACCAUUCUGGAGCGUAUGGUUUCGUCUUCGGUUCAUCUCUCAUUUCAUCCUCUUUUUUAUCCACCGCCAUUUCCAAACUCUUUGUCUAUUUACUUUUUUGUGUGCUGGGGGAGAAAGAAAGAGAGGGAAAACAUCACCCCAAAUCGAACGAACCUUCUUCUCUACUCCGUACCGCGAUCUGGGUUGCGCCUUUUCCGUUUUUCUGGGUGCUCGUCUUGCCGGUUCGCCAUCCAUCUCCGAUACGGCAACGUCCAUAGUAUUUCAUAUCCAGACUACCUCACCUCACGGCACCCGUUGUCGCCCUCCAACAGUGGAUAUUCCCAAUAG